AUGAUAUACUGCAAAUCAUUAGAAUCCACCACUAUCACCACUGUCAUAUAUGAUAAGCUAAAAGAUUACUCAGAUGUCAACAAUAUACCAAUAGAGAACAUAACAUCUUGUGCUGCAGAUGGUGCUCUUGUUAUGAUGGGCAAGAAAAAAGGUUGCUUAAAAUUGAUGAAAAAUGAGAACCCAGAAAUGCUUCUUGUGCACUAUGUUAUUCAUAGAGAGAACUUAGUAUCCAAAAAUAUGUCUCCUGUUCUCAAUGAGGUACUAAAAUCAGUUAUAAAAUGUAUCAAUACUAUCAAAGCUAAUGCCAAAUGUGAGCGUCUUUUCAAACAAUUUUGUGAAAAUGCAGGCUAUGUGAGACUUUUAUCUCACACUGAGGUAAGGUGGCUCUCAAAGGGGAAUUGCUUGAAAAGAUUUAUGGAACUAUUUGAUGUUUUUAGUGACUUUUUAAGUAACAAGCCUGAAAUGAAGUACCUGCUAACCAUUGAUGGCAAAACAUUUGUGAGUUAUUUAACAGAUAUCUUUGAAAAACUGAAUAUGUUAAUUAAACAACUUCAAGGAUCAAAUAAAAUUCUUAUUGAUGCAAAGACGAAGAUAUUUGACUUUGUUACAUUCAUUGAGUGCCAAGAAGAACUCUCGGAAAUGCAAAAUUAUGAGUUGGUUAAAACUUUAUUCAGUAUAAAAGGAGUGAUGUCAUGUCUUUGUGAUGAGACAAAAACCAAAUACCCAAAUUCAACCAACUUUGCAAGAAAAUUGUUGUUACCAUUCCCAUCUUUAUAUUUAGCUGAAUGUGGCUUUAGUGCUUGCACCGUGUUCAGCUCUAUAAACUUGUAG